AUGGUCGCCGACCCCAAUGCUGCCUCCAUCACGGUCUCAGUCCGAGUGCGACCGUUCACGAUCCGAGAAGCCGCCCAACUAACCCGCAACGAUGAGGGAACCGUCUUUCUGGGCGAUGGCUCUCUCGCCGCCGCACCACCGAAGCUCCAGAGGGGUGGUAUUAGACCUGUCAUCAAGGUCGUCGACGACAGAUGUCUAGUCUUCGACCCACCCGAGGACAACCCAGUCCACAGAUUCGGCCGAUCUGUCGUGCCCAGCGGCAAGAAGGUCAAGGAUCAGACCUUCAUGUUCGACAGAAUCUUUGACGAAAAUGCCACACAAAACGACGUCUACGAAGGCACCACCAAACAGCUCCUCGACAGCGUCCUCGACGGCUACAAUGCCACCGUCUUUGCCUACGGUGCUACCGGUUGCGGCAAGACGCACACCAUUACCGGCACAUCCCAACACCCCGGAAUCAUCUUCAUGACCAUGCAGGAGCUGUUCGAAAAAAUCAACGAGCGCAGCCAGGACAAGACCACGGAGAUCACCCUCUCCUACCUCGAGAUUUACAAUGAGACCAUCCGCGACCUGUUGAUCCCCGGAGGCAGCAAGCAGGGAUUGAUGCUCCGUGAGGAUUCGAACCAGGCCGUGUCUGUCGCAGGCUUGACGAGCCACCACCCCAAGAACGUGCAAGAGGUCAUGGACAUGAUCGUCCAGGGUAACGAAUGGCGUACUGUCUCACCGACCGAGGCCAACGCGACCUCCUCUCGUUCCCACGCCGUUCUCCAGAUCAACGUCUCGCAAAAGGACCGCAACGCCGACGUCAACGAGCCGCACACCAUGGCAACUCUCAGCAUCAUCGACCUUGCCGGUAGCGAGCGCGCCAGCGCCACCAAGAAUCGCGGCGAGCGUCUGCUCGAAGGCGCAAACAUCAACAAGUCCCUCUUAGCCCUGGGAAGCUGCAUCAAUGCCUUGUGCGACCCGCGCAAGCGCAACCACGUACCAUAUCGCAACAGCAAGCUCACUCGACUCCUCAAGUUCUCCCUUGGCGGCAACUGCAAGACGGUCAUGAUUGUAUGUGUCAGCCCUUCGAGCGUCCACUUCGACGAGACCCAAAACACCCUCCGAUACGCGAACCGAGCCAAGAACAUCCAGACCAAGGUCACCCGUAACGUCUUCAACGUCAACAGACACGUCAAGGACUUCCUUGUCAAGAUUGACGAGCAGAUUGCGCUCAUCAACGAGCUCAAGGCGCAGCAGAAGGAUGCCGAGAAGAUCUUCUACGCCAAGUUCCGCAAGCAACUGGAGAAGCGCGACUCGGUCGCCCGCGAAGGCAUCCAGCGUAUCCGCGUGGCCUACGACAACUCUGCCAACGACAGGCGGGAGAAGAUCAACAACAUGAAGAAGCUGCGCGCUUUCGAAAGGCGCAUUGGCCUGCUCUCGGCUUGGAUUGCCUCGUUCGAUACGGUCUGCGACCAGAGAGGAGACGAAGAUGCGAUGCCCUCGCCCCUCCUCGCCAUUCGCAAGACUGCUCAGGGUAUCAUGGUCGAGUUGGAGCACAGCCGCCACCACAUCCACCAGAAGCUCGAGAACACCAAUUGGGAACGGGCCGUCGAUACCGCCCUCCAUCACAGCAUUAAACAGCUGCCCGGAGGCGACGCCGACGCCGCCGAGAUCGAUACCUUGACUCGCGAGGCGGAGCUUCUCAAGGCCAACUUUGGCAGAGACGCUAACCGUGAAGUUUUAGAUAUGGACAAGGUCGGCGACGCGGCCAUGGUACAGGUUCUCCUGACCGCGCAGUUCGACAUCCUGGCUUCCCUUGAGGACACAUUGGAGAUGAACGAGGAAGAUGCCGUUGCACACGCAAAGCAGAUUAUCAACCGUUUGCUUGAAGCCGGCUUCUCGGCUGCUUCCCACGUCGUCAAGCCCGACGGUGCCAAGAUUCCCGUCGAGAAAUUUUCCCCCAGCAAACGAGGCACCCCGAAGCGCAAGAAGGCGGCUAUCAACAACAUUAAUAAUACUUCUCCUGUCCGUCAGCCUGCCUUUGUCCCGCCUGCCGAGCCUGCGUCUCAACCCUUUGCGUCUCCGAUGAAGUUGUCGCCUCGUCGUAGGAAGGCAGGAGGGCCGCGGAGUCCUCGUAAGGGAGUCUCGUUUACGCCGGUGAAGAAGAAGGCGGAAGCGAAACGGGCUGUUCGCUGGAGGGAUGACGAGGACGAGCAAGGAACACUGGCGGAUUUCGAAAAGACACCCAAGAAGUUCGACUCGACGCCAGAGUACAACUCACCCGACAAGUCGACUCUGAGAAUGCCCGCCCUGCCUUCCUAUCUGCAGACAGAGUCGCCCAACUCGGACACGAGCACGAGCCUGGAACUCCCCGAAUCGGCGUCGAUUCCGGCAGCCAAGCCUAACAGGUUUCAGGCUGGGUUCCUGUCCAAGGGCCGCGUCUCGUCUAUUGGCUCUGGGUCUCCGACGGUGCCGGUCCCGAUAAUGUCGUUGCCCCUGGGCUCGUCCCCGUCGUCGGACAACGGAGACCGUGUGGCUCCGUUGCGCGCUCUCGACGUGCACCGUUCAUCCAACCUGUCUCCGCCGGCCUUUCGCUCUAGAAUUGCGAGGGCCAGCCCGCCUCCGAAGACGACCCUCUCGGGAAACGUCUCGGCCGAUGAGAACAACCCGCCAUCGUCGCACAAUGCAUCCGGCUCCGAGUCGGAGUCGCCCGGGUUCGAUGCCCGGAAGAUCCGAUCUGCCCUGCACUCGAUGAAGAAAGUCCGAGGCGAGCAUCGUCGCGUGUCGUCCAUAGGAGGACCAUCGGCCAACAACGCCAGGCGGGUUUCUUCCGUCAGCUCGCUUGGGUCAAACCAUCGAGCAUCGGCGAGCUUCUCGGGACCGUUGGCUAGCAGCUCCAACGGCAUUUCCCGUCAGCGACGUGCCAGUGCGGAGCGAAGACUUUCGCCACCCAUCAGCUGCUCGCCGACCGACCUCAGGAGCGACCGGGCGUUCACGGCAGGACAAGCGAGACGGAUGCACCUUGGAGGCAGUCUGAGGGGCGAGGGAGGAAGCCCGCAGGCGCCUCAGCACAGAAUGGCCAGUGCCGACUUCAAGAACCGGCGCAUCACGAUCGGCAGCCUGGCGGCUACUGGGAAGAUCGAGAAGACUCACGCGUCCAGACCCAGCGUGGCGGGGUGGCGUUAA